UUUUAAAAAUCGUAUAUAAAAUUUAAAUUUCUUUGAUUUUUAGAUGAAAUCAUAUUUUUUUAUAUUGAUAAUAUUGUUGCUUGUUAAUUAUAUCCAUACCUUAUCUGUGUAUGGAGAAAAUCGUGCUUCACUUAUAAGCAACAACAAAAUUGAGAAAGAAAAAAUAGUUCGUGUUAAGAGAUCUCCUUUAAUUAAAUUACCUUUGCUCGUUGGAGCAACUAUAAUUGGUAAAAAAUCAUUAUUAUUGGGUGUUCUUGGAGCUAAGGCUCUCGGCGUUGGACUUGUAGGAGCUGGUUUGUAUAAAGCUAAAUAUUAUGGCGGUGGCUAUGGAGAUAAAUAUGCGAGCUAUCAAUAUGUACCACCUACUUAUGUUGAAUCAAAUUGGGACUAAUUCAUGAAUACGCGUGGUAUAAUAUUAAUAAAUAAUAAUAAAUAAGGAUAAAUAAAAGAAUAAUUCAAGAAAUAAAUUUAUUUUUUUUACAUUUUGAUGCAUAA